GCCACUGGGAGCAGCUUUUCCGACGCUAUUCCGAAGCAGAGCCGCGAGCCGCGUCCUCACUCGAUCCAGUCCCAACCCGAAGCGGAGCAUCCCGCGCAGAUCUGGUCCCAACCCAAGAGCAUCCAGCGAACCGACUCGAAGCAGAGCCUGAGCGCGCAGCCCCCCGAGAUGGCGCAGAGCACGGCGAUCGGCAUCGACCUGGGCACCACCUACUCGUGCGUGGGGGUGUUCCAGCACGGCAAGGUGGAGAUCAUCGCCAACGACCAGGGCAACCGCACCACCCCCAGCUACGUGGCCUUCACCGACACCGAGCAGCUGAUCGGAGACGCCGCCAAGAACCAGGUGGCGCUGAACCCGCAGAACACGGUGUUCGACGCCAAGCGGCUGAUCGGCCGCAAGUUCGCCGACGCGGUGGUGCAGGCCGACAUGAAGCACUGGCCCUUCCAGGUGAUCGGCGAGGGCGACAAGCCCAAGGUGCGCGUGAGCUACAAGGGCGAGACCAAGACGUUCUUCCCGGAGGAGAUCUCGUCCAUGGUGCUGACCAAGAUGAAGGAGACGGCCGAAGCCUACCUGGGGCACCCGGUGAGCAACGCGGUGAUCACGGUGCCCGCCUAUUUUAACGACUCACAGCGGCAGGCCACCAAGGACGCGGGCGUGAUCGCGGGGCUCAACGUGCUGCGGAUCAUCAACGAGCCCACGGCGGCCGCCAUCGCCUAUGGGCUGGACCGCACCGGCGGCAGCGGCGGCGGCGGCGGGCGCGGCGGCGAGCGCAACGUGCUCAUCUUCGACCUGGGCGGCGGCACGUUCGACGUGUCGGUCCUGACCAUCGACGAUGGCAUCUUCGAGGUGAAGGCCACGGCGGGCGACACGCACCUGGGCGGCGAGGACUUCGACAACCGGCUGGUGAGCCACCUGGUGGAGGAGUUCAAGAGGAAGCACAAGAAGGACUUGAGCCAGAACAAGCGCGCCCUGCGGCGGCUGCGCACGGCCUGCGAGAGGGCCAAGAGGACCCUGUCGUCCAGCACGCAGGCCAGCCUGGAGAUCGACUCGCUGUUCGAGGGCAUCGACUUCUACACGUCGGUGACCCGGGCGCGCUUCGAGGAGCUGUGCGCCGACCUGUUCCGCGGCACGCUGGAGCCCGUGGAGAAGGCGCUGCGCGACGCCAAGCUGGACAAGGCGCAGAUCCACGACGUGGUGCUGGUGGGCGGCUCCACGCGCAUCCCCAAGGUGCAGAAGCUGCUGCAGGACUUCUUCCACGGGCGCGACCUCAACAAGAGCAUCAACCCCGACGAGGCGGUGGCCUACGGGGCGGCCGUGCAGGCGGCCAUCCUGAUGGGCGACAAGUCGGAGAAGGUGCAGGACCUGCUGCUGCUGGACGUGGCGCCGCUGUCGCUGGGGCUGGAGACGGCGGGCGGCGUGAUGACGCCGCUCAUCAAGCGCAACUCCACCAUCCCCACCAAGCAGACGCAGAUCUUCACCACCUACUCGGACAACCAGCCCGGGGUGCUGAUCCAGGUGUUCGAGGGCGAGAGGGCCAUGACGCGGGACAACAACCUGCUGGGGCGCUUCGAGCUCAGCGGCAUCCCGCCGGCGCCACGCGGCGUGCCCCAGAUCGAGGUGACCUUCGACAUCGACGCCAACGGCAUCCUGCACGUCACCGCCACCGACAAGAGCACCGGCAAGGCCAACACCAUCACCAUCACCAACGACAAGGGCCGCCUCAGCAAGGACGACAUCGAGCGCAUGGUGCAGGAGGCCGAGAGGUACAAGGCCGAGGACCAGGUGCAGCGCGAGCGCGUGGCCGCCAGGAACGCGCUGGAGUCCUAUGCCUUCCAGGUGAAGAGCGCCGUGGAUGAGCCGGGCCUGCAGGGCAAGAUCGCCCAGGCCGACAAGAGCAAGGUGCUGGACAAGUGCCACGAGGUGCUCUCCUGGCUGGACGCCAACACCCUGGCCGACAAGGACGAGUUGGAGCACAAGAGGAAGGAGCUGGAGCAGGUGUGUAGCCCCAUCCUCAGCGGGCUUCACCAGCAGGGUGCGGGCGGCCCCGGGGGGUCUGGCUCUGGCUGUGGCUCUGGUUCUGGGCCCACCAUCGAGGAGGUGGAUUAGAGCUGCUGCUUUCCUCCCAUCUUGUCGUCUAUGGGGCAGACUCUUGGGACUCGGGAACCUCGUUGUCAUGCCUUAGGUUACCCAAUUUGUCCCCUACUUCUUGAGUUUAUUCUAAUGCUGUUAUAACCCAGUCGUAACAGGUGACUUUUUUUUUUCGUGUUAUUUACUCAUAUAACCUCAUUUAAUUUUAGUAUUUUUUCUUGUUAUAACUAAGCGUAUCAACAUCGCCACCUGGUGUCCCACUUUUUGCUUUGCAACACUACCAAGUUAGAAAAUAAUUGUUUUUAUACUUUAUGCAAA